AUGAACCCCUCCUCGUCGCCCGCCUCUCGUGCAUUCCUCUCAGUCGCACAGGAUUCAGAUGCAACUACAGUUCGUCCUCGAAACCGUCGAGUUCGCAGCUCGCAGUACCUAUCAGAAGCUUCAUCCACGUAUUCCGAUUUGGGCGCCACCAAGUCCCCUGAUAUCCCUGCCGCACGUAUCGGCUCGGUCACGGGAAGGAAUGAUUCGGGUAAGGCAGUUGUUCGGCCACCUACGCGAUCCAGAAGUUCAGGCCCUGGCGGCGGGUUGCUAGGCAACUCUUGGGUUCCGAGCUGGUCAUCGGUCCAAGAGCUGGCAGCAUCGGUUUUGGGAGGGGGUACGUUGGGCUUGCGUGACGACUCACAUCGGCCGCACAGUAGGGAUGGGAGCCGGACACGGAAAUCAGCCAACAAUGGUAACAGCACCUGGGGCCCGGUCCCUCCCACUGAGAGACGGCCGCGAGCAGAUGAUAUUGGGGCAGGACUGGCCGCGAGAAGGGCAGACACGCUGAAGACCCUGCGAACGGCGAGUAUCCUUGAGAGUCAUGAGGGGAGCCAGGAACCCACGGAAUAUCUGGCAUACAUCCAUCAUGUCCAGAGCACAGACACAUACGCAGGCAUCGUGCUCAAGUACCGAUGUCGGGAAGAUGCCUUCCGGAAGGCAAAUGGACUAUGGUCGCGAGACAACAUUCAGGUACGGAAAUGGCUGGCCAUACCGGUAGACGCAUGCGAAGUUAAGGGCCGUCCCUGCGAUCCUCCAGCAAGUUCAUCAAAGCCUAAAGCAUCCGAGCCGGUAGAUCCGUUUGGUUGGGACAUAAAGCAGGACGACCCUUUCGCACCGAUUACAAACGGGAAGACCACCGAUCACACAAGGGACGACGAUGAUGACGACAAACCUUGGAAACAUGUCAGAUGGGUGUACAUAGAGUCAUUCCCUGAGCCUGUCGAGGUGGCUCGGGUACCCCGGAAAGUGCUUGGGUACUUCCCUCCGCGCAGGAAGAAAAGCAUGCAGACCUCAUCGGCUGUUUCUACCCCCCGGGCAUCUACCGACCAGCCCAGUGCUCCCCUCCCCGACUCGGUCUUCGGCAGCCCACGCAGCAGCACCUCCUACCGACUUCCCAUCCGCACGUCUUCCAGCUCCUCUCGAUCCCGCCUCAACAGCACUAGCAGCAGCGGCAAUCCCGCAUCCGCUGGACUGGACGACCCCCGUCCAGUCUGGAUGCGCCGGCCUGGCGGCGUUGGCUCCCUCGGCCGGAACGUGCGCGCCCCCGGUCCUGAGAACGACCCGCUCAACACCUGGACCAACAAGCACCUACCCGGACUCAACAUCGACUCGCUGCCCUCUAUGUCUGUCAUGGGCGCCGUCAGUGCCCACUUCGGCUUCAGCAAGACCGAUGAGUUAUUGGAUCCUGAUGGGUUGCCUGCCGCCGCGGCGCUCAUUGUUGAGAGCCCGUUCGAGGAUGGCCGUGACGCUACCUCUGCGGCUACUGGUGGUGGGCAGGGGUCACUUGGGCUGGAGAAGGCUGCUGCGGCUGUUGAGACGUGGCUGCGUGGUGCUAUUGAACGCGCAAAGCAUGUGCAAGUGCCGCUGACCCCGGUGUUGGGACCGCGUGGUGGGAAAGGUGACGCGCAUCUUACCAGACCGUUUCCGUCGCCUUUCUUGGCCACCGAAUACUAUUUCCCCACCCGCUGCCGGUUUUUUCAAUACCAGAUCCCUCAGAAUUCGGAGUCCAAUGCCGCGCCAAGAAGCAGAAUGCCCAUCUGCAUAGAGUGUCGACACCCUGUCAAGACGCUCUGGCGCGAGGGCGGCGGCGGCAAGUCGCGGGGAGGCCACAAUAUUCGCCUGACCGUUUGCAAGAAUUGUGGUCGCUUCUGCGACAAGUAUGUUGAGCAUGACUUUGUGGUGCUGUUCAUCGACCUGGUUUUGAUCAAACCACAGGUCUACCGACACCUGCUGCAUAACACAUUAAUGAAUGAUGAGGACGAGUUUCCGCCCUCGAUUAUUCGCCUCGGCAUCCUCCUCCUGCUCUUCGAUGUUUACCUUACUUGGGCGCGCAUCGAGCGCCAAUCCGUCCCAGACCCGGACUCUGCAGGAGGAAGCAAUUUUGGCCGACUGGCGCAACAACCAAUUGUCUACCAGUACAUGUUCUUCUUGAUCCUCUGCACCCUCUCAACGAUCGCCUUCCAUGGCUCCAUCCGCUUCCUAACCUCCUCGCGCUACUCUCCCCUCAUAUGGCUCAACAUCCUCCCCCGCUAUCCCCGCCCCAAUUCUGUCUCAACUGCCCUUCUCGUAUCGUCCUCCACGAAGCUGUUCCCCAUCUUGAUGGUCAUCUGGGAAUACGACGUACCUGCGGCCGCACGCUCGCUCGGGUGGGCCGUCGUAGCGAACAAUGUAGAAGCGCUCAAGAUAUUGCUUGACUGCAGCUACGGUGUUGCCGCGUUGCUGGCCACUGCCGGCGCGGUUAGUCGCUGGGUCAUGGGUAGGGCAGUGCUGUGGGCGGCAGGACUACAUGGGGUGGAUUCUGUGGGAGAGACCGGCGUGGCGAGUGAUGGGAGGGCACUGUGGGCGAUGUUGAAGUACUUGAAGGAUUGGGGAGGGAGUCAAAACGCCUUUCCGACUCUGCGAGAAGCCGUUCGUGUACAGGCCAAAUUCGCCCAAUUCAAGAUUCAAAACCAGAAGUAG